UUGAAAAGGUGUUCAAGCAUUAUGGAAACAUAUAAUCUAACCUCUAUCUCAGAAUUCCAUCUCACUGGUUUCUCAGAGGACCCAGACCUGCAGCCUGUCCUCCUUGGACUCUUCCUGUCCAUGUACCUGCUAACAGUGCUUGGGAACCUGUUCAUCAUCCUGGCUGUCAGCUCUGACUCCCACCUCCACACCCCUAUGUACUUCUUCCUCUCCAACCUGUCUAUUGUUGACAUCUGUUUAAUCUCCACCACUGUCCCAAAGAUGCUUAUGGACAUCCUAACUCACAGUAGGAUCAUCUCCUAUGUGGGCUGCCUGACACAGAUGUCUUUUUUUAUUGUAUUUAUAUGUAUGGAUGACAUGCUUCUCAUUGUGAUGGCCUAUGACCGGUUUGUAGCCAUUUGCCACCCCCUGCACUAUGCAGUCAUUAUAAACCCUCACCGUUGUGUCCUAUUACUCUUGGUUUCUGUCUUUCUUAGCCUUUUGGACUCCCAAGUGCACAAUUUAGUUGCCUUGAAAUUUACCUGCUUCAAAGAUGUGGAAAUUGCUAAUUUCUUCUGCCAUCCUUCUCAAGUUUUUAACCUUUCAUGUUCUGACACCUUAAUCAAAACUAUGGUCACAUAUAUUGUUGGUGCCAUAUUUGGCUUUUUUCCCAUGUUAGGGAUUCUUUUUUCUUACUAUAAAAUUAUUUCUUCCAUUCUCAAAAUACCAUCAUCUGGUGGGAGGUACAAAGCCUUUUCUACCUGUAGUUCUCACCUGUCAGUUGUUUGUUUAUUUUAUGGGACAGCUAUUGCUGUGUACCUUGGUUCAGUUGUGUCACAUUCUCCCAGGAAGGGCAUGGUGGCCUCACUGAUGCACACUAUGGUCACCCCUCUGCUGAAUCCCUUCAUCUACAGCCUGAGGAACAGGGACAUCACUAGCACCCUGAAGAGGCUCCACAGUUAG